AUGGAGUGGUUCUGGCUGCGGGACUGGUUCCGUAUGGCCAAGUUCCGUGUGGGAAACCGAUCGGUGGAGUAUGGUCAACACCAUCGACGACGUGGAAGCGCCCACAGUGUGGCUGGUACGCCUGCAGAGGCAAACGUGCCGGUUCGGUACGAUGAUGAGCAUGAGCAGGUGUCUGAGGAGGAGCUGUUCAACGAGGAGGGCUCCGAUCCUGGGGAUAUUGCCUUCUCGGAGGAUGGAGACGAGACACCGUACGGAGCCGGUUGGUCUGACGAACCGGAUGAGAACGUCUACGAGAAUCCGUGGUGCAGCUGGGACAAGUGCUUGCUGAUGAAUGGCGAUCUCGACCAAGCCGAUGGGCUCGAUUCAGAUGACUCAUCCACGUCUGGGAAGCAGGUCGUGGUGGCAGUUUGCGCCAUGUCGAAGAAGUCACAGUCAAAACCGAUGAAGGAGAUCCUGACGCGCUUGCAGGAGUUCGAGUACAUCCGCAUGGUCGUGAUCGGGGAAGAGAUCAUCCUCAACGAACCAGUCGACAGGUGGCCACUGUGCGAUUGUCUCAUCUCGUUCCACUCGAAGGGCUUCCCACUAGAGAAGGCAAUACAGUACGCGCAACUGCGUCAGCCAUACGUCAUCAACAAUCUGCACAUGCAGUUCGACAUUCAGGAUCGUCGAAGAGUCUAUGCCAUCCUGGAGAAUGAAGGAAUAGAAAUUCCACGCUAUGCAGUCCUGGACCGUGACUCACCGGACCCUAAACAGCACGAACUGGUCGAGUCAGAGGAUCACGUUGAGGUGAAUGGAAUCAUAUUCAACAAGCCCUUCGUCGAGAAGCCUGUCUCAGCAGAGGAUCACAACAUCUACAUCUACUAUCCAACGUCGGCUGGUGGUGGCAGUCAGCGGCUGUUCCGCAAAAUCGCCAGCCGCAGCAGUGUCUACUCACCUGAAUCUCGAGUGCGCAAGACAGGCUCGUUUAUCUACGAGGAUUUCAUGCCUACCGACGGUACGGACGUGAAGGUGUACACGGUUGGACCUGACUACGCGCACGCCGAGGCUCGCAAAAGCCCUGCUCUGGAUGGGAAGGUUGAGCGAGACCGCGACGGUAAAGAGAUCCGAUAUCCCGUGAUUCUGAGCAACGCCGAAAAGCUAAUCUCACGCAAGGUGUGUCUCGCCUUCAAGCAGACAGUGUGCGGGUUUGAUCUGCUGCGAGCGAACGGCAAGUCGUUCGUGUGCGAUGUGAACGGGUUCAGCUUCGUGAAGAACUCGAACAAGUACUAUGAUGAUUGUGCCAAGAUCCUGGGCAACAUGAUAUUGCGUGAGCUGGCUCCUCAACUGCACAUACCAUGGUCGGUUCCGUUCCAGCUGGACGAUCCACCGAUCGUACCGACCACGUUCGGCAAGAUGAUGGAGCUGCGUUGUGUGACAGCUGUCAUUCGGCAUGGAGACCGCACGCCGAAGCAGAAGAUGAAGGUCGAGGUGCGACAUCAGAAGUUCUUUGAGAUAUUCGAAAAGUACGACGGGUACCGGUACGGGCAUAUUAAGCUGAAGCGCCCGAAGCAGCUGCAGGAGAUACUGGACAUUGCUCGAUCGUUGUUGGCGGAGAUCCAGACCAAGGCGGCGGAUUCGGAGAUCGAGGAGAAGCAGAGUAAACUGGAGCAGUUGAAGAGUGUCCUGGAAAUGUAUGGCCAUUUCUCAGGUAUCAAUAGGAAGGUGCAGAUGAAAUACCAGCCAAAAGGGCGACCGAGGGGUUCAAGUUCAGAUGACGGUAAAAACGGUUGCAGUACGUUUGUUUUCGUGCCUGAUGCUCCGAAGGAACCGUCCCUGGUGUUGAUCCUUAAAUGGGGCGGCGAACUGACACCAGCUGGACGCAUCCAAGCAGAAGAAAUGGGACGCAUCUUCCGCUGUAUGUAUCCAGGAGGUCAGAGCCGCCAACCGGGUGCCGGCGAAGGUCCUGGUACGCAAGGGCUCGGUUUACUGCGACUACACUCCACCUACCGGCAUGAUCUUAAAAUCUAUGCCUCCGACGAAGGCCGUGUCCAGAUGACGGCAGCCGCUUUCGCUAAAGGGCUGCUAGCGCUCGAGGGUGAGCUAACACCGAUUCUGGUACAGAUGGUGAAGAGCGCCAACACGAACGGGUUGCUUGACAAUGAUUGCGAUUCUAGCAAAUACCAGAACAUGGCCAAGUCGCGGCUACACGAGCUGAUGCAGAUCGAUCGCGAGUUUACAGCCGAGGACGUGGCGGCCAUUAAUCCAGGGAACGCAAUCAGCAUUAACCUGGCGAUGAAAUUCGUGAAGAAUCCAGUGCAGUGCUGCGCUCAGGUGCACUCGCUCAUCCGCUCGCUGAUGGCGGUGGUUGCGGUUAAGCGAGAUGAUCCAAAAACGCGCGAAGCCGUGUUGUACCACGGCGAAACAUGGGAGUUGAUGGGCCGGCGCUGGGGCAAGAUCGAGAAGGAUUUCUGCACCAAAAGCAAGAGCUACGACAUCUCGAAGAUUCCGGACAUCUACGACUGCAUCAAGUACGACCUGCAGCACAACCAGCACACGCUGCAGUUCGACCUCGCCGAAGAGCUGUACAUCUCCGCCAAGUACCUCGCCGACAUCGUGAUUCCGCAGGAGUACGGUCUCACGAUGCACGAGAAGCUCACGAUUGGGCAGGGCAUCUGCACGCCAUUGCUGAAGAAGAUCCGUGCGGAUCUGCAGCGCAACAUUGAGGAACUGGGCGGUGAAGAAAGCGUGAACAGGCUCAAUCCACGGUACAGUCACGGAGUGUCGAGUCCGGGUCGGCACGUCAGAACACGGCUGUACUUCACCAGCGAGAGCCACGUCCACUCCUUGCUGACGGUGUUGCGGCACGGAGGGUUGCUAAAUGUGCUCUGUGACGAGCAAUGGCGUCGGGCGAUGGAAUACGUGUCGAUGGUGUCGGAGCUGAACUACAUGUCGCAGAUAGUGAUCAUGCUGUACGAGGACCCGAUGAAGGAUCCGAGCUCGGAGGAGCGGUUCCAUGUCGAGCUGCACUUUAGCCCGGGCGUGAACUGUUGCGUACAGAAGAACUUACCGCCUGGGCCGGGUUUUCGGCCGCACAGCCGCAACGAUUCGGUUACUUCGAAGAAUGCGAGUGGAGAUGAGGACACAACGUCACGCAUCGAUGAGGAAAACGACACCGAAGAAGACAGUUCGUUUUCGAACAACUCGUCAUUGCAUCACACACCGUCCAAGACCCUGUCCAAGACCGAUACUGAUAUCGAACACACCACGGCUAACACCUGCCCGACGAUGGUGAAGGAACGUCGAAUUAAGAAGAUGAAAUCGUCCUCGCCGAUCCCAAUCGGUUCAUGCCACACCGUGUCCGGCCAUGAGGCGAUGGAUUUGGCCAAGCGGCUUAGCGAAGAGCUGGCUGUACAGCAACAGCAACAACAGCAACAUCUCCACCUGACUGGUUCGUUCUGCGGCACGUCGAAGGACAUAACGCGCCAGCUCAGCCCGGAAGCAGAACCGCGGGCUCGUUCUUUCGAGCACCAGCAGCAACACAGUCAUCAGCAUCAUCAUCAUCACGGAAAAGGGCAUCAUCACCGGUCGAAGGGCAAGGGAGCAUUGGCCGGAGGGCAGACAGCGGAAUAUGCUCGGUGCUGUAUGAUCCCGGCAGUUGUAGAGAUGGGUGAACGUAUGCAGCGUUUAGGCUACCAUACCCCGGACGAAAACUGUGACAUAUGCAAGACCAUACCAGUAGUGGCGACGCCAUUGGCAUCUGUAGAUGUGGCAUUCUCGUCGUUAUCGUCGAUUCUCCAGCCGGACGAAAGUGACCUAGCUCCGUCUUGCCAACAGCUUCUUUAUAGCUCAAAAACCACCAGUCACUCUGCUGAUCUGGAUUGUGGUGAAAAACAUGUCAGUCAACCUGUCGUGUUAAAAACCGAACCAGAUCUCGUGUGUGACGCCUCUCCUAAGGAGGAGGACAAACAGCAACAGGUCAUUCGACGUACGCUCUAUAUCGGACCACCAGAAUCGUCAUACAGUACCGAUUCCAUUAGCGAGUUUACGCCCAACCUCGAGGAGCAGGAGCUGUACGUGUCGUCUUUCUCGGAGUCCGAAGAUGACAAUGACGCUGGAGAUGACGCGUUUGACGAUGCGAGUGAAUCGGAACAUUCGCGCUAUUACAGUGCCCUCGGGCAGCACGAGUGUGGGCAGGAUAACGCUCCUGAACAUCAGCACCACCUGCGCCGAUCGCUUUCGUACACCUUUACGAACGACCCUGAGCGGUACCAUAGCAAUGGAGAAGUCGUCGGUGGUAGUUGGUCGAAUCGGCGUGUCCUGCCGGCUGCAUUCGCAGGCAUUCGAGCUAUUCCACAGAUGACUCGUAGCGUGGAUGAGCUUGAUCUUGGCAGACGUCGUUGGGAAGAUGCCAACAGUGGCCAUACGAAUUGCUGCUGCAGCUACUGCUGGAUGGCGCGGGUGUCGAGGUUCUCGCUUAAGACACCGGAUCCGGUUGAGCCGGAUGCAUCGGCAGUACGGAGAAGUCGCUCGCUGACUCCUCCACUUGCUGGUGGCGGUCGUUUACGAAGCUAUACUACGUCCGGUAUUACGCAGGCACCGGGACGGAUGCUCCAGGUGCCCGGUAACGGUGCGUCCCUUCGUUAUGACCCCGGUGACCUUCGAAGGUCGCGUUUAGUGCGUUACCCAAUUCGCACGUUGGCACGUUUCGCUAGCGAUCCGUCGCUACCGCUGGGACCUGCUUGGGCAGGUAACCCGCUUACGACGGGGAAAUUGAAGGAGUUCAGAUCUCCACAUAGCUCUGUGUCACCGCCAGACAACACCGCGAGGAUGGUGUUUUUGUCGCUUACCACUCCACCACCGGAUGAGGAUGAUAGCGCACCGUUGCUGGUACAACUGCAGGAGUUGAAGAUCUCUAACGAACCUGUAGAUUCGACGACUCAUUCACGAGCGGAUGACUACGACGACGACGAUGAGCGAUGUCACCUGACAGCUGACGAUAACCCCUCCAGGACGUACUUCGAUGAGCCCGAUGGCAGCUCUCCUCCGUCAGGCAUGCCCCUCGCAUUACCUCCUUCCUUUGACACCCUUACUUUAUCCCAACAACCUUUGAUGGUGCUGCCGUCAUCAACUCUCCCAUCCGCCAUUGUUCCGCUGAGUAACCGAGCGGUUCCGUGUGGUUUAACUUCCACCAACUACAUUACCUCCAUGGCGCCUUAUACUAGCGUCUGUCUUACCUCUACUCCUACUACUACCGCUACCAUCACCACUAGUACUACCUUCACUACCAUCAGUACUCGCUCUACUAUCUCCACUGUAACCAUCACUAAUGCUACCGUUACUACUACGACUUCUUUUCUCGCUACUGUGGCUUCGUCCUCUUCCGUCACCACUACUGAUACCACCGUGUGUUUUGCCGUUGUUGUCCCAUGCGUUACACCUGUGGCUGACACAAGUAACAUCUUCUCGACUUGCUCUUCUUAUAUCCACACUACCAACGCGUCCACCCUCGGUCUCACCCUGCCGUCGCUGCUCCCUGGCGUAUCGGAACGCAAAAAACCCCGCUGUCCCGCCAAACCCUUCGUCAAAUCGUACACCACAGACGGUGGCAGCGGCGGCUACAGCACGAUGUUGCUGACGACCACCGCCACAACGACGACGACGGCUGUCUCAGGACAGGACGGUGCAACACCUGCAAUAGCAGCUGCAACAGUAGUGACUUCCGAGGUUGCCACGAUGGCUGGUACUGGUGGCAUGGCUUCGGCUAGCUGUUGUCUGUACUGUUGCAGUAGUGGCUCGCUCGGUGGUACCCGACCUGCGGCGAUGGCCGCUGGGGCAACGACCCCAUCUUACUGCUGCUGCUGUUGCUGCUGUCCAACGCCCUCGUCGUCUGGUGGUGCGUUCGUUGGGACCGGCGCCGGUGGCCCGGCGGGGUCGGUGACGGCAUCAGCUACGACGGUACGACGCCAGCGGCACAGCAUUGCCGGCCAGAUGAGCUACUUUAAAAUGUUAGGUACCUUCAGCAAAAAGAUGGCCACCAGCACGAACAGUCUGUUCAGUACGGCGGUGAUCAGUGGCAGCUCGUCCGCGCCGAACCUGCGCGACAUGAUACCCAGCACCGCAUCGCCGUCAGGAUUUGGCGGCGUACCACCGAUUCGUCCUCUGGAAACGCUACACAAUGCGCUAUCGCUCAAGCAACUGGACACUUUCCUGGAGCGCAUGACAGUGGCUCCGCUCUUCAAGACACCCGCCUCCUCGCCACCCCCGAAACACCCACUGGUCAGCUCGGCCAGCUCAAAGGGCGGUAUCCUUCCAGUGCAGGAACACGUGACACAUCAGUCGUCGUCCUUGGCGAUGGGGGCAGGAUUCGGUACCACGGAGGAUAGGUGUCCACGGGGAGGAGUACGUGACUUCACACCACUGGUCCCAGCUGGACCGUCGAGUGGAGUGACCGGUGUUGCGGCCAACGGUAGCGGGAUCGCAGGAACGCAGCAGAGCUGGAGCGAUCACUCGAGCAGCAUGACUAGCAGUAUCAGCGCCCUGUCAAGUGGGGGCCCAUCCUCCCCCAACUACUCCGAGGUGUACUCGCGCGGGUGCCCCAGCAGCGACAUGUCCGCCAGCAUCACGAGCACCGAUGGCAGUCUGGCGGCAGUGGCCUGUGGGGUUGGUGAACAACUGGUGGCAUUACCCCAGCACUUCUUUGGUCUCGCACCUGCGGUCACUGGGACACGGACGUCACCGAGGAUACCGCUGGUCGGUGAUGCGGAGGAUGCGGAGACAGAAGCACAGGAAGAGCAGGAGUUGGUUGGGCGUGAUGGCGCACCGGAGAUUGAUCUCGAGGCGUGCCUCAGGCGGAGCUCUACGCUAGACAUCAGUGGCGAUCUGACCCCGGUGAGUGUGUGCUCUGAUUGGGACGCCAACACCAAUGACGCGACUAAGGGAUCGACUGCCACGCAGGACCUGACCACCGCUAACACUACGGAGGAGGAUGACGAAGACGCGACCAUCUCCACUGACACUUGUCUCAGCGUAAGCGAACCUCCCGGCCCGGUUCAGUCAAGGGCAAGCCUCGAGACGGAUGCAGGAUGUUCCGGAUUAUCAUCUGGUCCGAUCACCAGGGGUCCUGUGGUGUGGGGAGCGUUCACACCAUCUGAUGCUGGCAUCUCCAAGCAGGACAAUCGCGUGAGAGGAAGUCGCAUCCAGCGUCAGAUAAGCUUGUACGAGAAGGACAGUCGGACGGAAUCGAGAAACCUGCAGCCGGAGCACGAAUGGUGGCCUGAGGGAACCAAGUUCGAAGCCGGUAGUCGACCGGUGGCAGCAGCUCGAGGUCCUGCGGUGUUAUCCCGCCUACACAUGUCGUUCGAUGAGCUCCGCAAGGAGCUUCCGCAUGGUGACAGGAACCUGCUACCCCAGGAACCGGUUUCACGCGGGAAUCGUCAGGUGGACGAACCGGAUAAGUCGUUCCUACUUAGCCUGGCACAACUGGCCGUAACACAGCCACCGUUGACGGCACCACACGCACCAGGUGCAUUAGUUAUACGUGAGGGUUUCAUUGAACCACCUCGAUUGACGCGAGUCACGAAAAGCUUUCACGGCAAGACGGAUCACCAGAAGGUGGGACCGGGUGGAGAAGGAGGCGCCUGGCGAAGGGCUAGCGAGGGUCCACCUGAGGGUGCCGCACCGAGCAGGUAUAACAAGAACCUGGUGCGGCAACAGUCGAGUUCUGGCAGCAGCCAGGGACGCUUUACGACGUCGAUCGUGCAGGAACCAUUGUCGGCGGAUUCUAGCACUCCGAACCGGUUGGCCACCCGGCAGACGAACCCAGACGAAACUAAGUAGACGUGCGUGUAAUUAAUGCCAAGGUGCCUGCUAGGCAAAUGGUUGGAUUGUCUUUACGGCUCCUUGAAGGAGUAGGAAGCUCUUAGAACGUAUAGAUUGAGAAGACUGUUGUAAUUGCGUUGAUUUAGGAGUUAAGCGUAAAAGUGCAUUAGAUGUAGCAUGUAUUACCUGUUUUGCAGGGAUUAUUUCGUGAAGGCAUGCGAUGGAAACGUAUGUACGAGUCAUUCUCUCCGUGUGACAAAUAGACACAAAUUGUUCUGCUACGAAGUGCUAAUUUAGUGGAUGUAAUCGAGCGACUUAACGCUUCGUGCAACAUUCAUCGCGUACGUUACAACCUCUCUCAUCGUUAUUCUAUUAUUUCAUCAUCGUUUCUUAUCGAGCAAAUUCUCCCAUUGAAAGGACCAUUACCUUGGUAUGUUUCAUUUUCCACAAGAGAGCAGAAAUCGAGGCCUUGGCAUGCAUUUUUCCACAACACAACGCACAGUUAAAUGAUUCCACGUUGAAAAUGCGGAUAGCGAACGAAUUGUAAUCACAUCCUUAGAGAGACUUAACAGAAACAAUUUAUUGUACAUCCAACCGAUGUAAUACGAAACGAAAUAAAACUAGAACGUUUUUUCUUCGCCAUUUAUUUUACCGUAAAUGGGAGGU